CAAAGGACGUCCACGGAGCGUCGGAUUUUUAUCUUUAUUCGCAUCUACUAAUGUAAACCCUGUAUGGGUUGAGCCUUAUACGUAGGCACCAAACCAAACCAAAAUUAUGUCAAAUCUGCCCGGCUCUUGGUCAAUCCCCAUGAGUGGGCAUGUGCCAGAGACAUUAAGGUCAUCUUCAUCAGCGUCGGCCUGUUGUCUGCUCCUCGCCAUUACAAUUGCGCAGUCUACAAUGAAUGAACUCGCCUUAAGGCGUUCCAGUCUUCGAAAUGCAUCCUCGUGGUUGUUCGCCGUGACAGGACCCUCCUGCCAAGGAACGCCGUACAAGCUUCAUCGAUUAUGGUACCCGCUACGCAACCACGGCCGCGAGUAUCCACCACACCGUCCGGUUACUACGUAAAAGCCUCCUCCGUGGCCUUAGGGCAGGACUGUGCUGGUGAUCUCUUCCAAGCCAUCACCAAGCUGACGCGACAGCUCAACGUUUUGACGAGUGCCUUCACAAUCUUCAGCGGUUGCGCAUACUUGACCUCACACUGCGACAGCGUUUCAGGCCCUCUGUCUUGGGCCCUUUCUGCUUGGGAACGCCGUCCACGCUUUCCUUUGCGAGUAAAUUCUCCCAGGCGCUACUUCGAGCUCCAAGGCACCAGGGGACAACUGGCUGCCGUGACUACCACAAAGACCGGACUGUCUGUGGUCACCGCCCCUGGUUCCUCGCGAGGCGGGAUCGUCAGCCCAGCUGGUGGAGAUGACUAGCUGCGACUUCCAGCAGCCGACUUUCGUGGAAACACCGGCGUUUCGCGGCUUAGCACUACAUCAUGGUGCGCCUGAUGCUGUACCCGCUCUUCAGCGAUGUGGACGACCUGUUCUCCCCCCUGAAGGCUCUGGACCAGAUAACUGACGCAAUGCGGCCCGCGGUGCGUCAGGCCGACAAGAAAACGAAGCAGACGACUUCGGAUCGCAGUUCCAGCUGCCUGUGUCUCCGUGGCGCCGCGCACCCCGGAAGUCCUCGGAAGCGUGCGCAGAGCCUCGGUGAAGAAGACUCGAGAAGCGAUUCACCGGACGACUCCAAGUUCGUUUUGAACUGCAACGUUCGCGGCUACAAGCCUGAGGAAAUCUCCGUCAAGGCGGUCGACGACUGCAUCCAGGUGAGGGCGAAGCACGAGGAAGAGAGCGAGGACGGUUCCAGCUACGUGAAGCGCGAGUUCACCCGGCGGUUCACCCUUCCCGAAGGAGUGAAAGCCGAGACGGUCACCUGCGCCCUGUUGUCGUCCGGCGUGCUGGCCAUCGAGGCGCCCAAGCCGGAGCCUCCCAGGAAGAAGCCGAGGACGAUUCCCAUCGUAGUUGAGUCGUCGAAGCCGAUCGCUGCGGCGGCGGACCAGACUAGUAAGGAGACGGAAAAACCCGAAGAAGGAUCCUCUGAAGCUGCGCAGGCGUCGUGAAAAGAACAAUCCUGCAUUUUGUAUUGUUGUCAUCUUUAGGAUCAUGUCUUACCGUUCGCCUCCACAUACCGCAACUUCACCAUCAGGCAUAUAUUGCAAAGUAAAAUAAACAUACAUUUUAUCCGAAA